AUGGCUUCAGUGCUUCCCAUUUUCGUUGCUGUAGGUGACAAAAUCACGCCUUACUUUCCACCUAAUGAGGCCCGUGAAAAAUAUAUUCAACAAUGCUCUCAAGAGGAAACGCCGGAUUUGCGCUCUGCACUUAUCCAUAGAGCAAUUGAAGCGAUUCGCCGCACGCAAAUAAUCAACGAGGAGAAGCCUUCAUUGGUCAAUCUAAACCAUGUUGGUGCCCUUUCCGAAGAAUUUCUUUGCUCACUGCUUGAAGCCGAGCGGGAAACUAGCGCCGAAUUAUUUGAUAUACAAUGCGAGGCAGAGCUCAUCAAAGAGGGUAUUGAAUGA